CCUCACCCGCGACACAACACUUACACUGCAUUCGAUACGUCACUGCGAAGCGAUUCAAAGCAUAUAUCACCCCGCAGUCCUUAAAGCGCAAAUGAAGACCACACGAUGCCAACACACACGCCCUCCCCGCACCGCUUCUUAGCGCCCAAUCCGCUUGGUAGCCAAACCUCCAAGCCGAAACCACCGUCCAACCUACGCAAUGUGCUAGCUAGUCAAACACCCAAGCCCACUGUAGCGACGCGUCAAAAGCCAGAACUCCAAUUCAAAAAGUUGACGCCUGCGAAACGCUUCGUCAUUACCCCCGCGCGACCUACACCUAGGGCAGAGAACCUCAGCACGGGCAAGGAGGGUGGCAAUACGGCAUGGAAAGACACGCGCACGGAGCUCACACCACGUUCGAAGCCGCGUAGGAAAUUCGAACGCGUGGAGAGUAUCCAGGAGUCGAGUCAGUCAAGUGCAACGGCUACGCAGGCUGAUGGUGAUCGAGAGUGUGUUGUGCAACCUGUCGAGGAUCAUGGAAUGGAUUCCAGUGACGAUGCGAAAUUUGAGGAGGAGAUGCUCUUUGAGUCGGUAGGGCGCAAGAAACGACGCCUUACAUCGCCGCCGAGCUCACCCUCGCGCAGCCAAGUAUCGGAGCCGCACACGCCGCUCCCAGCACGCAAUCCAACAACGCAUCGCUUCAAGGCUCCGGUAACACACACGCCAGCUGACUUACGUACCUCUCAUACCGAUAUUUACGCUUCCACACCUUCUGGUCCAUCCAUAACUUCUGCGCCGCAUAAACCCCAAUUUCUCCUCCCGGCUCUCCCCACCUCCCCAUUGAAACCUAGCAAACCUCUGCCGGAGAUCUUCUCCCCUUCGCGCAAGAAUGGCAAAUAUGUCCCCAAUGGUCUCGCCUCUACCGUCACAGGAUGGGUUAUCGAGACUGCGAAUACUGGGUUUGCGGCUCAAGAUAGAAGUACAGGCAUCACUUGGGGAAGGGAUCGGGAAGACGGCGUGAGGUUGAAGGUGCGAAUAAAGCAUGUCUCCACUGGCAUUGUGGAAACAGAGAAAAGGCUAGAGGCUGAGUGUUUCGCCGGCGGUGUGAUAUUUGUCAGAGGAGACACGGAACCUGGUUCAUACAACACUUCUCGCGCCCCGAGCCCUAUCGGUGAUGAUGGGGUUUUGAAAGUUUUGCUGGCCGGGAAUGGUGGUGCCAGAGGUGCUGGUGGUGUUAGGAUCAAAGUUGGAGGUAUAGUGGGGAUCAGGGCGCCCACGUGGGAAGUUGAUGUAAGUGGAGAGAAGUGGCUUGUUGGCGUGGAUUGGGUGGUGCUGUGAGGUUUUGAGAUAAUCUAACGAUUGAUGAGCAUGGAAAUGACAAGCUAUGAGUAUUGCGCACACAUUGCAGUAAACCGAUCAUAAUAUGAUAUCAAAUAGAGGUUAUCAUUCUCACUACAUUUAUAGCACCUGCCUAGCUAUACGUAAUCAUCGUAGCUUCAAC